AAUAAUAAUAAUAAUAAUAAUAAUAAUAAUAAUAAUAAUAAUAAUAAUAGUAAUAAUAACGUUAAUAAUAAUAAUAAAAAUAAUAAUAAUGAUAGUAAUAAUAAUUAUAAUAAUAAUGAUAAUAAUAAUAAUAAUAAUAAUAAUAACAACAAUAAUAAUAAUAAUAAUAAUAAUAAUAAUAAUAAUUAUAAUAAUAAUAAUAAUAAUAAUAAUAAUAAUAAUAAUAAUAAUAAUAAUAAUAAUAAUAAUAAUAAUAAUAAUAAUAAUAAUAAUAAUAAUAAUAAUAAUAAUAAUAAUAAUAAUAAUAAUAAUAAUAAUAAUAAUAAUAAUAAUAAUAAUAAUAAUAAUAAUAAUAAUAAUAAUAAUAAUAAUAAUAAUAAUAAUAAUAAUAAUAAUAAUAAUAAUAAUAAUAAUAAUAAUAAUAAUAAUAAUAAUUAUAAUAAUAAUAAUAAUAAUUAUAAUAAUAAUAAUAAUAAUAAUAAUAAUAAUAAUAAUAAUAAUAAUAAUAAUAAUAAUAAUAAUAAUAAUAAUAAUAAUAAUAAUAAUAACAAUAAUAAUAAUAAUAAUAAUAAUAAUAAUAAUAAUAAUAAUAAUAAUAAUAAUAAUAAUAAUAAUAAUAAUAAUAAUAAUAAUAAUAAUAAUAAUAAUAAUAAUCAUCAAAAUAAUAAUAAUAAUAAUAAUAAUAAUAAUCAUCAAAAU